CAGGCAUAGACACGUGUGACACACAUGGGUCCUCGGCGUGCUUUGACAGGCUGGAAUUUGCAUGGGCAGCAGAAAAAGAGAUGAAGAGCACGGACAGCCGCACGGAGCGCUUGCAGCCGCCUAAGCUGCAUUUGCGGAAGCAACUGGGUGAAACACAUGUCGCUGCUAGCGUUUGGCCAGCGACACGUAAUCAAUCCCAAUAGUGUUUGCAGCUGCACGCACCCUGCGGCUUUAUGCCAGCUGCGUCCCUGCCUUCCACGUUAAAGUGCACUUGAAAGAGUGUUGGACCAUCGUGCACCCAUUGCCAAUGUUUUUGCACGUAGUGAGUUGCUUAAGAAGCAUUUGAGCAGUCCUACCUAUUAUGCGUAUUUUCUGAACGUGCGGUCGCGCGGUCAUUAUGCGGGGAAGAUGGAUGUGCGUGUAAAGUCCGCAUCCACUUGCUUCUUUAUUCUACAUACUCCGUGGGACGUAGCUUCCUCUUUCAAGGUCUUUGGCAAGAAUGGGCUUGAUGCCAUUGAGGACCACAAAGGAUCUCCAAAGGAGUCCAUCGAGAGGUUUCAGCCACCACGACGAGCUGACGAGACAAAGGACCUUUUGAAGCUCCAAGACCGAGGAAGCCCAAGAGCUCAAGCCAUCGCAGAAAAGUUGUGUAAGCGAACAAUGCAACUGAAGGUGGAGCUGCAAGCUUGUGAGCAGGAAGAAAGAAUGCUGCGGCAGCGGCUCUCCCGCCUGGGGCACCAAAGCAAGGCACAUCGCCAAAGACAGUGGGAAAGACAAGCUCUUCACAAGGACUGGGGUGAAGGUGCAAAGACCUGGCUAGCUUGGAAGGCCUUUGCCGAAAAGAGCGUCCAAGAGGCUCAACGUCUACAGCGAGUGAUUGGCAAGGCCACAGCCCAACCUGACAAUUUGGAGUGGUCAAACCAGCGAGCUGCAGAACAGUUGGAGGAGGUUAAAGCUGAGAUUACAAGGGCAAAGGCUGAACUCGAAAAUGACCAGGCACGAAUUUCUGGGAUUCUACAGCAGUUUCACUUGAGUGAUGCUGGACGCUAUAAGAAGAUUGACAGCCGUUGCCGUGAGCUCUUUACAGGGUUCAAGUUCUAUUCCGUUGCCAAUCUUGCGCGCAAUGCUGUGUUGGGUGCUAGCUGCCCUCUUGGUGCAGAAAGCCGCAGCAGGUUGCAGUGAUGACAACACCUGUUCAAGCUCCGGAGCGCUGUGGCUCCAGCUGAAAGGUUCCAGAAGCUUCAACAAGGGAGUGGCAGAACCGGAUUUCUUCCCAGUCCAUGGUGGUGUUGGCCGAUCAUGCCGAGGGUCACAUGCGGAUGACAACUUGGCUGGCCAUUACAUUUCAACUGCUGCAACAUCAAUGGAGGACUGCAAACAGCUUUGCUUGUCCAAUUCUGCCUGUAAGGGAAUCGAGUUCAAUCGUAUGCGUUGCAAAGUGUGGACGCGACGGGAGGGUAUUCAGGCCAGCCACCCUCUUGCAGGAUCAACUUGUUUGCGACUGCUGCAAGAUGCAUCCGCGAUGAACAACUUCAGAGAAGUAAAUGGAGGUCGAGGUAAGGGAUGUCGCGGAUCACACCCGGGUGACAAGGAGGAGUCCUACUUCAAGUCGACCACCGCAACCACACUGGAUGAAUGCAAAUCCAUUUGCGUGCAAGAUGCUGAUUGCCAGGGCGUCUCCUACAAAAGUCGUGGCCUUUGCGAAGUUUGGGUGCGCUCAGCAGGAAUUGAGGCAACCGAAGACGAAGAAGACUCCGUGUGCUUGGAGGUGCCCGGACCCACUACGACGACGGGCCCUGGACCCACGACAACCGCUCCGGUUACAGACAGAUGGGAGAAGCACGAAGGCCUCAACUGCUACAAAGGCCACGGUGCCAAGAUCAUAAAUGGCAAGGAUCCCGUGGAUGGCCGCUUGACCCUUCAGCAAUGCAAAGAUGAAUGCUUGAAGGAGGAGAAGUGUGAUGGCAUUGUCAUGCCACAGGGCGAUGGCGAGGACACAGCAAGAAACUGUUGGUUGAGGAGGGACGUGCAAAAGUCAAAAUGUACUGCAGGCAGCCCUUACAACUUUUGGGCACAACCUGAUUCUGACAUUGACGGCCCGGAAGUUCCUGGCACCGAAUGCUGCCAGAGCUACGACAAGUGGCCAUUUGUGAAAGAUGGACGGACGUGUUCAGGCUGCAUGGCCCUGGUCAAGACCGAGCCUUUUGGAGGCAGGUGUGACAAAUAUUGUGAGAGCUUUGGGCAUGAAUGCGUCACAGCCGCAGAAGAAGUCAACAACAACUGCGCAAUCAAAUAUUCGCAAGACUGUGACAAGCCCAUCGAGGGGACAUCGGACAUGCUUUGCACUUGCCGACUCCAGACAGCUGUUGAUGAGCCCAAGUGCGACUGGCCAGGGCCCCCCCCGCCAACUACAACAACAACUACUACAACUGCUGCCCCUACUACAUCACAACCGAUCAAUAACCAGUGCUGCCCAAAGUUCGACAAGUGGCCCGACGUGGAUAAUGGAGUAACCUGUGGCGACUGCGUGGCAUUGGUCUUGGCAGAAAAAUAUGGCGGCAGGUGCGAUCGCUAUUGCGAAAGCUUCGGGCAAGUUUGUGUGAGGGCUGCUGAAGAGCGAGAUGAGAACUGCGAAGUGAAGUAUGAAGCCUCUUGCAAUGAAGCAAUCACUGGCACCUCCGAUAUACUGUGCCAAUGUGUAGAGAACAACGCACCACCCGGGUGCCCUGCGACAACAACAACGACGUCUCAAACUCCAUCACCGACAAAGCGAAUCCAAGUGGUUGGAAAUCAAAUUCUUGUGGAUGGAGCACCCUUACAUUUGAAGGGCGUAGCCUGGAAUCCAGUGCCCAAAGGUGGCGUUCAUCCAGCUGAUUUGGACUUCGCCCGAUUUGUAGAUGAAGACUCGAAGCUCAUGCAAGAGAUGGGCAUCAAUGCUGUUCGCACGUACGAGUCCAUAGUUGACAAGAAUGUCCUGGACACCUUGUGGAAAAGAGGAAUUUGGGUGGUGAACAGCGUGUACAACUGGGGUGGUGCAGAUGCUGAUUCAGCGGCUGAGCCUGUGAAGGCUACAAAAGAUCAUCCAGCAAUUUUAAUGUGGACGAUUGGAAAUGAAUGGAACUACAACGGCCUCUAUGUUGGUAGCAGCUUCUUUGACUCUGUUGGCAAGAUCCGAGAUGUGGCAAGGGUCGUGAAGAAGUAUGACAACGGCUUGCAUCCGAUUGCCUCCAUCUAUGGUGACGUGGGUAAGUUGGACCAAGCAGUGGACUCGCUGCCAGAGAUCGACCUUUGGGGUAUCAACGCAUACCGAGGGAUUAGUUUUGGCAACCUCUUCCGUGAUUUCGAAAAAAUCACCGGUAAGCCAAUGUUUUUCGGUGAAUACGGCGCCGAUGCCUUUAAUGCAGACAAGAAUGGAGAAGAUCAGGAAUCGCAGGCGAAGGCUACACGGCAGCUAACAGAAGAGAUCAUCGGUCAGAGUUCUGUUUUGGGUCGUGGACCAUGCAUAGGAGGCUUUAUUUUCGAGUUCAAUGACGAAUGGCACAAAGACAGCGACGGCAAGCCUGAUCGUCAUGAUACUGGGGGCACCGCCCCUGGAGGAGGCCCUUAUCCCGACAUGACUUUCAACGAGGACGGAUGA